UUGUAUAACAACUCUGUUUUUGUCAGCACAGUGUCAAUGUGACAUUUAAAACCAAACAGCUGUGCAUUUAAUUGUCAAUUUUUUUCUUAAGCGGGGCAAUAAUUAAAUAAAAAUGGCUUCGCCAACUGGUGGUGUUAAACCCAUGGCCAUUGCUGGUCGCAUGGUCAGAGAACGUGAGCGUUUGAUUGGCAUGAGCGAUGAAGAACGCACCUGGCGCAAACAAUGGUUAAAAGAUUUGGAACUCCAUCAUGAACCCAAGAAAGUACCUGCUUUAGAUAAAGAAUUCACCAAUCCCAUUAGACGCAUCUACAGAGCACCAUUGGAUGGUGUCUACAAAGCUUUAACGCCCGUCAUUGGCCAUAAUCGUGCUUGGACUGUGCGUUUCUGGACCGGCAAAGUUGCUUUAUUCGGCACUUUCAUUUAUGCUGCCACUUACUAUUUCAAAUACAAUCAAAACGAUUGGACCCGCAAAGGUGGCUGGCGUGUAAUAACUUCCCGCAAAGCUUGCAAUCCCGGUGAUGAGGGCUUCCCCAAACUAUCGGAACGUUCACAGCCAGGAGACUAUGCUGCCCGUGGUUUCAAACAAUCACCCAUAUAAACUCUGCAUCUUCUUUAUUUCUUUUUGCAACUAAAAAAAAUAUGCUUUUAAGUAAGGCAAACAAAACAAUUUAAUAACUUAAUCCUUAAGUCGAUAGAUAAAAUAGAGAAUGAAAAAAUAUACGGAGAAAUCUAAACAACAA